CGGGGGCCCGGGCCUGGACUUCCUGCGGCGGCGGGCGGCUCCCGAGCUGGACCCUGUGGUCCCGGGGGGCUGCAGUUCCGUAGGCGCUUCCCUCCGGAAAGGGCCUCAGUGAGCUAUUCAUCUUGACAACUGGGUCGCCGCCGGGGCCCGCCGCCUGUAAACACGCCUUCCCCGUACCUGUGCGCCGCCCACUAUGGAAGCCAACCCCGAAGGCCCCCGCGCCCCACGUGCCCUCCCGGAGUGGCCGCUGGGACUGCUUCUGCUUGCCGCGCUCCGUUCCGGGCGCCGCUCAGGCUAGCAGCUGCAGGCUGUCUUCUGAGCUGUGGAAGACAGCUGGUGUCGGAGCUGCAGAGCCCUCACGGGUGGUUGCACCGAGCUGUAAAUAGCAGAGCUGUAUUAAAGCAGUUUUCGUCCCCACACCCUAUGAUGACAGCCUCUUAUGCAGCACAGCCCCCAGUCUAUCGUGUUCCGGGGAUUCAGACCCAGGUGAACCUUCUCAUCAAAUACCAGACACCGGCGGUAAUUUGCUCAGCUGCAUGACUUCAUUAAAUUGGCAUGGACCCUGGACUCUCUGAACAAGACAACGACGACGACGAGAAGAAGUACACUUCUGUCUGUGUUGGCAGAGAAGAUGACAUUAGAAAGUCGGAAAGAAUGACAGCUGUUGUCCAUGACAGAGAAGUGGUCAUUUUCUACCACAAAGGGGAAUAUCAUGCUAUGGACAUUCGUUGUUACCAUUCUGGAGGACCCUUACACUUGGGAGAAAUUGAGGAUUUCAAUGGACAAUCAUGUAUAGUUUGUCCCUGGCAUAAAUACAAAAUCACUUUGGCAACAGGAGAAGGAUUAUACCAGUCUAUAAACCCUAAAGACCCAUCAGCAAGACCCAAGUGGUGUUCCAAGGGAGUAAAGCAAAGGAUUCACACUGUGACGGUGGAUAAUGGCAAUAUUUAUGUGACGCUUUCUAAGGAACCUUUUAAAUGUGACUCUGAUUUUUAUGCCACUGGAGAGUUCAAAGUAAUUCAGAGUUCUUCCUGAUAAAAAUAUAUGGCAGCAAAAAAAAAAAAAAAAAUGUGUGUAUGUUUGAAAAUAUUUUACAGUAAUUUUGUUUCAGUAGCAAAGGUGAAUUUUUUCCAACAUAGGUACUAUAUAUAGUUUUAAAAAUCACAGGUUUUGUCAGGGGCUAGAGAGAUGGCUAAGAGCUCUUGCUAUUCUUCCAGAGGACCUGAGUUUGGUUCCUCACACUCACCUGUGACUAUAGCAUUGUCUCUAGUGUUUCAGCCCGUAAAGAACGUGUAAGCCACAGCCCAGCAGCACUCUUGGCAUAGUGGAGACUAUGUUUUAGUAAACAUUUGUAAGCAAUGUGACCGGCUCCGGGGAAUCUGAUGCCCUCUUCUGGACUCUGUGGAUACCAGCACACAGGUCAUACACACAUAAAUCAAAAUAGAAGCAAAUAUUUUUUAAACUCUUAGAUUUGGGAGGUUUAAAAGCACAUUUGCUUUAGUAUGACUUCUGGGCCACUCAAAGUUGACAGAAUACAUUCCAUCCCUCUCUGGUUUGCUUGGAAGCUGUACAUUAGAGGCUCAAGGUGAUCAGUUUUGAAGGACUUACACAGUUGAUAACAGAUAAAACAAAACAUAACAGGAAAAAUUUAAGUGGGAAGAGAUUCCUUUUAAAUACAGCAGGUUUUAUUUGGGAAAGUUUUCAUACAUUCAAAGUUAACAGUUAGCAGAAUGGUCCUCCAUCACUUACUUCAGUUCCCAGCGAUCCUCUGUUCUUCUUACAUUGCUUUGUCCACAGAUCACGCACUUCCUGUGUUUAAUUAUGGUUUUUACAGUUUUAAAGGUAAAAUAUAAGCACACUGAGGUCCUCAAAUCUUAGUUGUGUACUUUUGCUUACAAAUGUUUACCAGAUAUUUAUGUGUUAACAUGGCCUCCACGGAGGCCAAUGUGUAUGCUGAACUUAAAACUCAGAAACUUAAAGCUAGGUGUACUGAUACACACCUCUAAUUCCAGCAUUCUGAGGCAGAGGCAGGAGGAUCUCUGUGAGUUUGAGGCCAGCCUGGUCUAUACAAUGAGCUCCAGGCAACCAGCGCUACAUAGUGAGACUAUCAAGGGAGGGAGAAGGAGGGUGCUAGAUAUCAAAACCAAGUAAAACCUGGCCUGACUAGUCUCUUAUCAGGGCCAGUUCCUGAAGUAAAAAAGCCACACACAGUGACGCCCCAGCCAGGACAGAGGCAGUGUCCUAAUCAGUGCACCAAAGUACUUUGCUUACAUGAAACUUUCAAAUAAAAGUUUAAAAGAAUUUUAGAGAACAUUGUGUAUGUGUGUGUGUGUGUGUGUACAGUUUCCCAAAAAUGUUUUGUUCCUCACAGUUUACAAGCAGGUUGAUGUUCACUUGGUUUACACUGGUUUUACUGUACUGUUAUGUGUGGUCAGUGCUGUUCUGACUGCCUGGGACCAUAUCGUGCUUGUUAUUCAGGAUUUAGAACAACACCCUGGGUAUCUGUCAUGCAGAACUUAGCAGUCAGUAAAAUGCAGGUGUAAAUGGGGCCAGAAAGGAUGUGUAGGUAAUGAACCCAUGGUGAAGACUGUUAAAAAUAAAGCUAAGUCUCAAAGCAUAGUAAUUUUCAUGAUGUGAGGUGAACUAAGUGUCUAAACCUAGUAUUUAGCAUUCUGCUGUCCCUGGACUCUUCUCCUUGUUGUGAACAUGAGGAAGCUGCAGAAAUGGCUCUGUGGUUGACAGCAUUUGCUGCUCUUCAGAGGGGACUGCAGUUUGGUUCCCAGCUCUCACAUCAGUGACACACAAGAGCUUGGACCUUUGCUGUAUAUUGGUGCAAUGCCUUUUCUUUUGGGAUGUGGGUUACAUGACCAAAGAGAUUUGUUACUCAAUUCUAAGAAUACUACCAAGCCAGGCUUGGACUUUCUCAACAAUGUUUACACCAACAGUUACUCACUGGGUUCAGAAAAUAUGCCAUCUCUGAGGGGAGUUCAUACCAGCCUAUUAUUUCUUAAAUAGUCAGAAAAUGUUAUCAUGUGUUAGAAUAUAAAGUGCUUGAAAGAAACUAAAAUUGUUCCUUUAGGCAAAAAUGAAUUCAGGUCCUUCAUAACUUCACAAGUGACUUAUAAAAUCAGUAGGGAGACUCAGCUAUACUGCCUGCAAAUAGUAAUAAAUAUACUUUUUACUAUCUCUGAAAGUGUAGCGUUUUAAAAAAACAUUUAUUUGACUUAUUUAUUUUAUGUACAUUAGUGCAAAGAUGUCAGAUCCCCUGGAACUGGAGUUACAGACAGUUGUGGGCUGUCAUGUGGGUGCUGGGAAUUGAACCGAGGUCCUCUGGAAGAGCAGCCAGUGCUCUUAACUGCUGAACCACCUCUCCAGCUCCAGCAUUUUUUUUUAAAUAAAGUUUUUGUCCACCUGUGUGUAUGUGCACCACACUUCAUCUGGUUCCUGCAGAAGUGAGAAAAGGGCAUUAGAUCCCCAGGGACUGCAGUUACAGACAGUUGUGAGCUGCCAUGUGGGUGCUAAGAACCAAAUCUGGGCUCUCCACAAGAGCAGCAAGUGCUCUUAACUGCUGAGCCAUCUCUCCAUCCUCAAAAUGUAUAGCUUUUAGUUAUAAAAUUUUCCUUUCCAGAUAAGCAUUCUGAACAAUUCUUCAUUAAAAAUAUAAAUGAAUUAUGAACACAUCCAUAUUAUAAACAGUGUAAAAUCUAACACAACAAAAUAUGAAUUCUCUUAUUAAAAAUAUUGUAUAGUCAGGUCAGGGAAGAUGGCUCAGUGGCAUGUUCUGUUCUUCCAGAGGACCUGUGUUUGGUUCCCAGCAUCCUUGUCUGGUGGCUUCUGGAGUCUUGACACUCUCUUCUGGCCCAGGUAGAUAUCCGCACAUAUUCAUAUGAAAAUAAAAAUUUAAAAAUACUGGGUAGUCAUACAUACAUUGUACAUCAAGAUUCAUUUUAUUCUCUAUGUUAUACAAAUACAAGAGAGUGAUGUCAUAGUUUUCCCAGCUCUACCCCAUUUUAGAAGAGCAUUCAGCAUAUGUAAACUGGUCUUCUGGUUUUGUCUGAUGAAAUGUACCCACGGACAGAUGACUAUUGAUCUCUCUGAAGUAGUAUUUGUGUCCAAAUUUUUCAUUCAUUCAGUUCGGCUGAUUGGUCAAACACAGAAUGUAAAACCUGGAUCUUGUUACUCUGCUUGUUGGCAGGAGGCUUGCGGUGAGCUGAAAGGUUGUCUGGCUUCUCCGGCAAUGACCUGUAAGGUUUGGCUUUGAUUUCACCUUCAGAAAACAUAGGCUCCGGAAGCACAGGCUCAGAAAAGGCUUUCCUAAAAUUCUCACUCUCUCUAUUUUGCCUUAUGGAUUCUUCUUCUUGAAAAAUGUUCUUUAUCUUCACCAGCACAGCAUUAACACAGACUGCC